UCUCUCAUUGAUGCUAGCGCCAUCGCCGCACAAGGUCAGCUCAGAAAUCUCGCUGCCGGGAAGCAGGAAUAGCCGUGGAAUGCCGGAUUCGGAGGCCGGCCGGGAGAGCGGCUGCGCGCUGAGCGUCUCGCCCGGCGUGUAGAGCUCGAUCCACGGAAGCGUGUUUUUAAAAAAGGAUGCCGCUGCACUGUCCUGGAAGAACGAGACACGAGCUUCUCUGGCUUCUGGAAAAGCUGCUUAAACUGCAUUGGGAGGGGGGCUCCUGCUCCAGAGGUGGCCUCUGACGGCAGCCGGCUCAGCCUGGGUCACCUCCAUUGUGGUCCCGCCGGCAGGGAUGUAAGGAGAGGGCAGCAUUCACCUUGGAAUUGGGAGUCCGAGUUCCGCCAUGUCCUUCGCAUUCUGUGGCAAUGACAACGGCUCGAGCGCCUACAACGUGGACCGGGGCGUGCUCAACAACGGCUGCUUCCUGGACGCGCUCACCGUGGUGCCCCACGUCUUCCUGCUCUUCAUCACCUUCCCCAUCCUCUUUAUCGGCUGGGGCAGCCAGAGCUCCAAAGUACACAUUCACCACAGCACGUGGCUCCACUUCCCGGGCCACAACCUGCGCUGGAUCCUGACCUUCAUCCUCCUCUUCGUCCUUGUCUGCGAGAUCGCGGAGGGAGCCGUGUCGGACGGGUUCAACCAAUCGCUUCACCUGCACCUCUACAUGCCCGCUUGCUUGGCCUUCCUGGCAGGCAUCACCUCGAUCAUCUACUACCACAACAUCGAGACCUCGAACUUCCCGAAGCUUCUACUUGCUCUUUUGAUCUACUGGGUCUUGGCUUUCGUCACCAAGACCAUGAAGUUUGCCAAGUACAAUGAGCACAACGUGGGCCUGGGACAGCUUCGCUUCUGCAUCACAGGGCUUCUGGUCCUGCUCUAUGGCCUGCUGCUGGCCGUGGAGAUCAAUGUCAUCCUGGGCAGGCGCUAUAUGUGUUUCAAACACCCCACAGAGGUGAAGCCUCCUGAAGAUCUGCAGGACCUGGGCGUACGCUUCCUGCAGCCCUUCGUCAACCUUCUGUCCAAGGCCACCUACUGGUGGAUGAACACCUUCAUCACCUCUGCCCACAGGCGCCCCAUCGACCUCAAGGUCAUCGGCAGGCUGCCUAUUGCAAUGCGCGCCCUCACCAACUACCUGCGGCUGCGCGUAGCCUUUGAGGCCCAGAAGAAACUGCAUGGGAGUCAGCCGCAGGGGCCCAGGUGGAUCUGGAGGGCCCUCCGGCAAGCUUUCGGGAGACCCAUCAUUCUCAGCAUCACCUUCCGCUUCCUGGCCGACUUGUUGGGCUUCGCCGGGCCUCUCUGUAUCUCCGGGAUUGUCCACCACAUCAGCAAGGAGAACAGGGCGCCCCAACCCCCGGUGAAGCUGCUGGGGAUCUAUUUCAUCUCCUCGCAGGAGUUCCUGGCAAAUGCCUAUGUGCUGGCUGUCCUGCUCUUCUUCGCGCUGCUCCUCCAGAGGACGUUUCUCCAAGCCUCGUACUACGUGGCUAUCGAGACGGGCAUCAACCUGAGGGGGGCCUUGGAGUUGAAGAUCUACAACAAGAUCAUGCGCCUGUGCACCUCUAACAUGUCCAUGGGGGAGAUGACUGUGGGCCAGAUUUGCAACCUGGUGGCCAUAGAUACCAACCAGCUGAUGUGGUUCUUCUUCCUUUGUCCGAACCUAUGGGCCAUGCCGGUUCAAAUCAUCGUCGGAGUCAUCCUCCUCUAUUACCUCCUGGGAGUAAGUGCCUUGAUCGGGGCCACGGUCAUCGCCGUCCUGGCCCCAGUGCAGUACUUCGUGGCCACCAAGCUGUCCCAAGCGCAGAAGAGCACACUGGAAUACUCCAGCGAGCGGCUGAAGAAGACCAACGAGCUACUGCGCGGCAUUAAGCUGCUGAAGCUCUAUGCCUGGGAGCACAUCUUCCGUGACAGCGUGGACGAGACGCGGCAGAAAGAGCUGACCAGCCUGAAGACCUUCGCCCUCUACACGUCUGUCUCCAUCUUCAUGAAUGCAGCAAUCCCAAUAGCGGCGGUUCUUACUACGUUUGUGGUCCAUGUGCACCUGUCGGAGGAUUCGGACCUCUCCCCUGCUGUUGCCUUUGCCUCCCUGUCCCUCUUCCAUAUCCUGGUCUCGCCCCUCUUCAUGCUCUCCAGCGUUGUGCGCUCCACCGUCAAAGCCCUGGUCAGUGUGCAGAAGCUGAGCGAAUUCUUCUCCGGUGAGGAGAUAGGCGAGGAGCAGGAUCCAAAAGGCAUCGUUCCCACAAGCUCUGGUCAUAAUAACGCAUACCAGGCAGUUCCCUUGAAGGUGGUGAACCGGAAGCAUCCAACCAGGGAGGACUGGAAUAACUACAGACCUCAGAGGGAACAUGACUGUGAAGCUCCCCUAAGCCAGGAGGAUAAUAUGUGCAUCAAGAUAGUGAGUGGAUACUUCACCUGGACAGAUGGACCCCCAACUUUGUCGAACAUAGACAUCAAAAUUCCCUUCGGUCAGCUGACCAUGAUCGUGGGGCAGGUGGGCUGUGGAAAAUCUUCACUGCUGCUGGCAGCACUGGGCGAGAUGCAGAAAAUCUCCGGGACCAUCACCUGGAACAGUCUGUCUGACCCAGAUUCAGAAGAUGAAAGCCCGUCAGAUAAGGAUGCAGCUGUAGAAGGAGAUUCCAGGAAGAGAGGGUCUGUAGCAUACGCCUCCCAGAAGCCCUGGCUCCUGAACGCCACCCUUGUGGAGAACAUCACUUUCGAAAUGCCCUUAAACAAGCAGAGGUACAGAACUGUCAUCGAUGCCUGUUCUCUGCAGCCAGAUAUAGACAUACUUCCACAAGGGGACCAGACAGAGAUUGGAGAACGGGGGAUCAUUCUCUCUGGAGGACAGCGGCAGCGCAUCAGCGUAGCCCGAGCUCUCUACCAGCAGACUAAUGUCAUUUUCCUGGAUGACCCUUUCUCAGCCCUGGAUAUCCACCUGAGCGACCACCUGAUGCAGGAGGGAAUCCUCAAACUUUUGAGAGAGGAGAAGAGGACAGUUGUGUUAGUCACUCACAAGCUGCAGUACCUCCCUCACGCCGACUGGAUAAUCGCCAUGAAGGAUGGUACCAUUCAGACAGAGGGGACACUGAAAGACAUCCAGAAUUCUGAGCCCCAGCUGUUUGAGCAGUGGAAAACCCUAAUGCAUCGGCAGGACCAGGAGUUUGAGAAGGAGACAGUGACUGAGAGUUUGACGGCACUGGAGAGAAAGAACUUACGGAGAGCCAUGUACUCCAGGGAGGCACUGAGAACAGAAGAUGGAGAUGAAGCAACCGGUGUUGCUCUUAGUGCUGACACAGAGGAGGAGGUCAGCGAGAGCGACGAGGAGGACAUACUGUCCCAGGUGCUGCGUCACAGGGCAGCCAUUCCCUGGAGGGCGUGCGGCACCUACCUGACCUCGGCCGGCCUACUGCUGCUCCUACUGCUGCUCCUCUCCCAGCUGGCCAAGCACUCGAUGAUGGUGGCCAUCGACUACUGGUUAGCCCACUGGACCUCCCACGUCAUCACUGCCAAGAUCGAGGCUGUCGGGCACAACUGCACUCUGGGCCGGGGCUGCCCCUUCAGCCACUCCUCCUACCUGCUGGUGUUCAGCGUCCUGUGCUGCCUGGGCAUAGGCCUGUGCCUGGUCACCUCCGUGGCCGUGGAGUGGACAGGCCUGCGUGUCGCUAAGGAGAUGCACCACAAACUGCUGAGCCGAAUCAUCCUGGCGCCCAUGAGGCUCUUCGAGACGACUCCUUUGGGAAGCAUUCUGAACAGAUUCUCGGCCGAUGCCAACACGAUCGACCAGCACAUCCCUGCCACCCUGGAGUGCCUGAGCCGCUCCACCCUUUUGUGUGUCUCCGCCCUGGGUGUCAUCUCCUACGUCACGCCCGUCUUCCUCAUCGCCUUUGUCCCCCUGGCCAUCGCCUGCUACUUCAUCCAGAAGUAUUUCCGGGUGGCCUCCAGGGACCUGCAGCAGCUUGAUGACACCACACAGCUGCCGCUGCUCUCUCACUUCUCCGAGACCGUCGAGGGCUUGACUACCAUCCGUGCCUUUGGGUAUGAAGCCAGGUUCAGACAGAGGCUGCUAGAGUAUGUAGACGCCAAUAACAUCGCAUCACUCUUCCUCACUGCUGCCAACCGCUGGCUGGAGGUCCGAAUGGAGUAUAUUGGCGCCUGUGUGGUUUUAAUUGCGGCAGUGGCAUCCAUAACCAACUCUCUGUACAGCCAGCUGACCACCGGGCUGGUGGGACUGGGCCUGACCUACGCGCUGAUGGUGUCGAACUACUUGAACUGGAUGGUGAGGAACCUGGCAGAUAUGGAGGUGCAGCUGGGUUCCGUGACGAGGAUCAGCGGGCUUCUGAAGACCGAGCCGGAGAACUAUGAGGGCCUCAUGUCCUCCGCCCAGGUCCCGCCAGGCUGGCCGGAGCAGGGCGAGAUCCAGAUCCAGAACCUGAGUGUCCGCUACGACAGCACGCUGAAGCCCGUCCUGAAGAACGUCCAUGCCCACAUCAGCCCGGGGCAGAAGGUCGGAAUAUGUGGCAGGACGGGAAGUGGGAAGUCCUCCUUUUCCUUGGCAUUCUUCCGCAUGGUGGAUGCGUUUCAGGGGCAAAUAAUCAUUGACGGGAUCGAUAUUGCCAAGCUUCCGCUUCAAACCCUGCGAUCGCGGUUCUCCAUAAUCCUCCAGGAUCCCAUCCUAUUCAGUGGGACCAUCAGGUUCAACCUGGACCCAGAGAAGAAGGCCACGGACAGCAUGCUGUGGGAGGCGCUGGAGAUCGCCCAGCUCAAGCCCGUGGUGAAGUCACUGCCUGGGGGCCUCGAUGCCAUAGUGACAGAGGGAGGGGAGAACUUCAGCCAGGGCCAGCGUCAACUCUUCUGCUUAGCUCGGGCCUUCGUCAGGAAGAGCAGUAUCCUGAUCAUGGACGAGGCCACGGCCUCCAUCGACAUGGCAACGGAGAGCAUCCUACAAAAAGUCGUAAUGACGGCGUUUGCAGAUCGCACCGUGGUCAUUAUAGCUCACCGCGUCCACACGAUCCUGAACGCCGAUCUGGUCAUCGUCAUGAAGCGCGGCAUCAUCUUGGAGUACGACAAGCCUGGCGUGCUGUUGGACCGAGAGGACAGCGUCUUCGCAUCCUUCGUCCGUGCAGACAAAUGA